AGUUUAAAUUGACGCAAGCUCAUAUGGAUUAUACAGAUGAGACGUGCUUAAAAAAACGAAAACAUCCAUACGUAACAUAUACAAAUGCCUUUUUAAAUAGUAGAACGCACGCUGUAGUAAAACUAGACCGUUAAGUGACAGAUGCUAACUAAACUGAGCGUUCAGAUUAUUCUUGCGCUGUCCAUCGCCGGAUGGUUUGACCUAUUCAACCUACAUUAUUGGUUUGUGUUAAAAGAAUACCAGUCCCUACCGCAGCAGUUUUUAAAAGCCACUAUCCUGCAGAAAAUCUGCUUCCUUCCUCUGUCAAUUUCCACCAAACAUGAUUGCAUUUUCCAUGACGUUGGUGACGGACAGGCAUUUUCGCCAAUGGUCGACCUUUGCCUAUGUGACGUGAAGGCAUUUAUCGACGCGUCUUUUAGCAGCGGAACCAGUCCCUGUGCUCGGUACCGCCCCUCAGAUAUGGGGUUAGGCCGCGCUGUGCCGCUAGGUGUCUUGAGUUUGGGAACAGAGUGUCGACGAGUGUAAAAUGUGUAACUAGCUUCUUGACCUUACAAUAUCCUUUUAAUUUGUUUUAUGUAGGCACUUUGGUACACAAAGUUCAGGUUCUUAGUGCUGACUUUUAACAGUGUGGUUCGCGUGUAAGAUGUUUCUCUGGGCCGGCAAUAGGCACGGAGCAGGUCUGGUCUGCGUAUCUCUGCUUGUCGUCGGCUUGGUUUCGGCCGGAGUUGCCGGAAUUCAGGAGGAGCACAAACCGGUUCCAGAACAGCCCCAGCAAGAGCAGAAAGUCCCAACUUCUCAACCCAAAGGCAUCGCCACAAAUGACAACGAUGCCAGCAAAGGCGACCUGGGUUUCAUCCACGGCUUUGCAGCCUCCUUCUCCGUCAUCAUCGUGUCUGAGCUGGGCGACAAGACCUUCUUCAUCGCGGCGAUCAUGGCCAUGCGGUACAACCGUCUGACCGUGCUGGCAGGGGCCAUUUUGGCCCUCAGCCUCAUGACCUGCCUCUCAGUGCUGUUCGGCUAUGCCACCACGGUUAUCCCUCGCAUCUACACCUACUACGUCUCCACGGCGCUCUUCGCCAUCUUCGGUGUGCGCAUGUUGCGUGAGGGGCUCAAGAUGAGCCCCGACGAGGGCCAGGAGGAGCUGGAGGAGGUGCAGGCUGAGAUCAAGAAGAAGGACGAGGAGCUUCAGCGAUCGAAACUGAUGAAUGGCACGUCGGACGUGGAAACAGGAUCCGGGGUGGUCUUACCCCAGCGGAAGUGGCACAACUUCAUAUCCCCCAUCUUCAUCCAGGCUUUCACCCUCACCUUCCUCGCAGAGUGGGGUGACCGCUCCCAGCUGACCACCAUUGUCUUGGCAGCCCGAGAGGACCCCUUCGGCGUUGCAGUGGGUGGGACGUUGGGACACUGGCUGUGCACAGGACUGGCGGUGAUUGGCGGAAGGAUGAUCGCCCAGAAAAUCUCUGUCCGAACCGUCACCAUCGUCGGAGGCAUCGUGUUCCUGGCCUUUGCUUUCUCUGCACUCUUCAUCAAGCCCGAUGCUGGAUUCUGAUACGACGGAGCACUAAGUGUAAAUACACCCAAGGCUCUGUGUUAGUGCUGGGUGGCUGAUGUGCCGUAUGUGUGUGUAUACAUACCUUCUCUCCAUAUAGAGUCACUCUGCCAGUGUCUGUGUGUGGGGGGGUAGUAUGUUCACUGUGUGUGCGUGUGCACACACGCGCGUGAUUGGCUGAAUGUCCUGAUGAGUGUGACUCAAGUGUCUUAUUGUAUUAAAUCAUCUUGGUGUUUGUGUUGGGGGAGAGGGUAUCCAAACACAUGACCACAUGCCCCCUUUGUCCAGGUUCUGCAUCCACUGUUAGGAGGGGGUAGUGGUCAGACUAACGCUGAGCUGGUAUUCUUGCCCUGUAUCAUGUGAUGAGAGCGUGGUGGGUGUGGUAGAUGUCACACUACCCGCAAAGGCUGAGGCCCUGAUCGGGCACAUUUGUUAGACCUGAAGGACUUGUAUCAAGAAAAGGGUUGAAUCGGUUUCAAUUUACAAAACUUGGCAUUUGACACAUUUUUCCAGUGUUUUGCACCCUGAUGUCAGAAUUUAGGGAAGGAGGGUUGGUACUGCAAAAUCAGGUUGUAUUUAUUUAACAUUAAUUAUUAUUUUUUUUUUUUAGAAUUAAGGUUUUCUAGAGCCAGUAAUGUAUCUUAUUAUUAAAUAGCUAUUUCACCAAAAGCAGGUGUCUAAGGUUUAUAUGGCAGAGGGUACAGAUGUCACAGUGGGCGAUCGUCCAUGUUUUUGUAACUUUAGUUUUAAUGAAAUGAUCAGUUGUAAACUGUGUGUAAAUAUUCAAUAAAUCCACUUCUGUCUCUU